UGGCCUCGAUGUCACAUCAUUUGGAUUGUCCAACGCCAGGGUUUCAAGCUCAAAUCUAAUGAGAAAUUUCGCCAAAAAAACAGGGAUUUCUACAUCAACAAGGCUACAAAACCUUCUAGAACAGACUCCAGCGAUUGCCUCACACAAUGAGCGAUGAUGAAGACUUCAUUUAUGAGGAAGAUUCGCUCAGGGAUUUUAGUAUUUUGCGAACAAGAGAUGCUAAUGUCAGAGGCCAGUUUCUAGAUUCGCUGGUGAAAGCAUACAAGACUUGGGCAAACAGAAGAGAUGAAACCAUUAACAACGGCCGCCAAAACUUAUUUGUGGAACUUCUACCUUGUAUUCUAAGCCUUUCAAUCCGUUGCCCUUUUCCAGAUGUUAGGGAGAAAUGCUCGAAAGUUUUGGAAAACGUUAAGUCAAGCACUAUGCCCGUCCCUAGACCACUUUUCAAGGGUCCUUCGUCUUUCAUACCAUCGAAAGAGCUGCCAUCAAUGGACACAGAUGAUGAACAGACCCACAGUCUUUUGGUUGACUCCUUCUUAUUUAAUGGGCGUGUCCCUAACGUGACAUGCAUAAUUGGUGUGCACCCCCAGUACUUGGACUGGAAUGCAAGGACGGAAUACUUUCUCAUGCGUGGGGAAGGGCCUUUGCCUUAUGAUUGGCGACACUACAUUGCUAUCAUGGCUGCUAGCAGGCACCAGUGCUCAUAUCUGGUUAGCAUUUAUGAACGGGAGUUUUUGCGUUACCAUGGUGACAAGCAGUGGCUUAAGGGUAUCCAGCACAUCCCUAAAAAGCUUCAUGCGUUGUUAGACAUGAACAAGUACCUAGCUCAUCAGCCGUGGCUUGUCAGCACUCAGCUAAUAGAGAAACUGCUUAAAGGUGAAGACAACUGGUCCUUAUCCGAGCUGGUCCAUGCCAUAGUCAUCAUGGCCCACAUUCAUGCGCUCUCCAGCUUUGUCUAUGGCUGCGGUGUCGUCCCAGAGAUAGACUCAGAGAAUGGACACACCUUCAAACCUCCGACUUUGACAGAGACAAACCAGGCAAGCUUUGACUCUGGGAACGCAACCACAGGCUCUGAGUCUGUCAGAUCGUCAACAAUGACUCGGGAUGAGCUGAUGGCCAGGAUGAGGGAGGUUCGGGCCGAGCAGGACACAUUGAUGGAAGCUUCACAAGAAGAGCUUUUCCAGCACUUCGAAAAGCUGGAGAGUGGAGAGUUGGCCCACUUUAAGGAUGAAGCUGCAUCAACACCAACAGAAUCUCUAACCACUGACCUCGCCCGAUACUUGGAGGACCCCAACUUCCGCUACCAGGAUUUUGCCAGCCGCCCCCAACAAGACAUCUCCACCUUCAGAAUACAGGACUGUUCCUGGGAGGAGCAUGGAUUUUCGCUCUUCAAUCGACUUUACCCUGAUAUUGGAACAUUAUUGGAUGAGAAAUUUAGUUCCACUUUAGGGCUAACUUAUUUUACCUUGGGGGACCGAACAAAUGUGGACACCACGGUGUUUAGGAUGGCAACUUGGAACUACAUCCAUCUUAUAUUUGGCAUCUACCACGAUGACUACUUGUACACAGAGGUUAACAAAUUAAUGGAAAGAUCCUACAAAAGAUAUAUAAAAAAGGUUGCCUGUGUCCCUGAAAAGGCAACACAGGAAGAUUAUCUGGAAUUCAUGCCGGAGCUUACUCACUCUGAAAAGGUCCACAUCAAUCUUCUGCUAUUGGAAGCCCGCUUGCAGGCCGAGCUCCUAUACGCCACCCGCGCCAUCAUGAAGUACAUGACCUGACGUGAUGUCAUAAAUCGCACCUGCGCCCGCGAUCAGUCAACAGUCUACCAAAGUACUUGGUAGACGCGUGACACGAGUGCUUGACUUUUGCAUGAGUGUCCCGUAUAGUGGUAUAUUGAUAUAGUUGCUGGAAUAUGUCUAACAAGAACACUUUUUGACAAUUGUCAUCAUUGUGACCGUUACGGCUACAGCAAAAAUAAAUAGCUCCUUUAUAGAAAGUAUCUUUGAUUGGUACACAGUGUCUUAUCUGAGCAAGUGCUUAUUACUCUUAGAACAUUAGAUAGUUGGCUGUGCACUUGUUUUUGAUAACGUUGGACCGUUGCACCGUGUAUCGCAUUAACUAUAGCCUGAAAAGCAUCAUGAGUACUAAGUAUUACCAGCACUCGUGCUCUUAGCUGAAUAAUGAUUAGAAAUUGAGGACUUAGACCCAAAGCAUGGGUCGUAAGUUUCAAUUAACUGCGUGAUUGGAAAACUUGAAAUACGGUUUAUCGAUCCAGUGCUAUUUGAAGUGCCUCAACACAGCCUUAAAAGUUAUAUAUAGCUUUUUAUACCAACUUAGCAAAAAUAGCUUUCUAGAGAAAGUAGGCCUAAACAAACGGAAUUGCUAUAAAACAAUCUGGACAAGUCCAUAGAUGUUGAUUACCUUCAAGUGAAAUGUAGUUUAUUCCAGUUAUUCCCUGAAGGGGAAUGCGAAAUGCGAAAUUAGAAUAAUUAUACUUGUUGCGUUGUUUUUGUAAGCAUCCAAUGUUUCAUAUAAGUUUUUUUUAAGCGACUCGAAAAUUGGUUAGUUUUGAACAUUGCCUUUUGUUUCCUGUUAGAAACUUUUGAUUGUCUGCCUUUUAAGAAAGGGUAUUUUGUACAGGAAAUGUGAGCUUUAAAAAGCUAUUGUUUUCUCUUUUCAUAUCCUGGUAAUUUAAACAUUGUGCCAUUCUCCUCGGCAAAUACGGAAAUUAAAAUUAGCUACUCAGCAAGUUUGUUUGAUCGAAACUAGAUAUCUAUUUCUAUACUGAAGAUAUUACUUAUUCUUUGAUUGUUCAAAGGAUGUCUUCAGGAUGCCCCCAUCUGAAGUGACAAAAAUGCCAACUUUUCCACCUUAAUGAUUUUGUUGUGAUUUUGUUGAGUUCUCACGAUUGUAGCCAUGGAAUAAGAAGCCCCCUGUAAGGGCCUUUCCUUCCUUUUUUCUCAUUUAAUUUAAUGGCACAAAUUGUAAAUUUCAGUCACAUUACCAAAAAGAUCAAAGAUUCCAGGUGAUGGCAAACUGCGGCGAUAUCAACAAUACCAUGCAUAUCCCUAUUUCGAAAGAGAGAUAGACCUAUGGGGCUUUACGAUCGUAGAAUUAAAGCCCCGUGCGAACAGCACCAGGCAGCACCAUGUACCGAUUCGCUCGUUUGAUCGUGCGAACAGCGCUAGCAUUGCUGGGCGGCCAGUGUUGUUGGUUUGCACGGGGCAUGACAUGUCAUUUACAAUCCGCGAAGACAAAUCUAGGAGUAGAUUUCAGAUAGCGUUUGUCGCGGCAAAGCUUGUGUUUGCCUUUUGUUAUGGUUAUUAUAUAAUUUGAAAGGAAAUAUAUAUAAAUCGUGUAGGUUUCGCGCGACAGUAAAACUAUGGAAAAUGUGAGCAGAAACAGAAGCGACAUCUCACAUAGGUGUGCUAUAUAUAAAUAUAUUUGUGAAGGAUUGCAGUUUGAAAUUUAGAGUUUUUAUGGUUGGAUCAGUUACAAAUAAAAAGUUUACAGAGGAA